AAGUCCGAGGCCCAGCCACUCUUGUCAGUACAACUAGUACCACGAGAUUCGUUUUUACUAGGUCGCGGACCAAUUGAGGUAGGUUAGUAGUAGUGCUACCUUGCGAUAAGAUAGACGAGGAGUCCGAAUUAGAAAGACGAGGAGUCCGCAAUAAAGAUGUUAAAACGCAACGCGUCCGGCUCGGGUUCGCGGGAGCGGCUUUCCCGAGAACUCUCCAUCGACACCUACCCCGAGCAGAUUAACCGGCCCGCCCGAUCUAUCGCAAGAAAAAAAGACUGCGUGCUGUACCUGUAGCGUAAGGCUGCAUGGCAAAUAAGCAUGCUACAGCACAGUUACAUUUGUCAUGUUGGCCAGCGGCCACGGUUUCCUCUUUAUUUCGUCCGUGUUUUCACGUGCUAGGUGCCGCCCCCCACGACAGGAUUUCUCUGUCAUGCAGAACUACAAAUUUGAUAAGCCGUCUCUGUCCCCCCACGACAGCUACAGCUACAGCCGUUUUUUUCUUGUAUACGAUCCUUUUCCUUCGACCGUUCGGAGCCUCUAGGUCGAUCGUUAUCCUGGGCCAGGUCCGCGAGUAGGGAGUCUCUCGAUUCCGCCCGAGAGACAAACAUCACGCCCAUCACCCCCUCCGCGCACUUCCUUUUCGGGACGAAAAACAUCGGGUGGUGGGGCGGCAUCGCCAUCAUCGUGAACACCACGGUCGGGGCGGGUUUGGCCCAAAUCCCGCUUGUGUUCGUCCAGGGCGGCUGGCUGAUCCCCGGGUUUCUCGUGCUGGCCUUCUCGUUGUUAUCCGGGCUAGCGUCCGUGUGGCUCUGCGAGUGCAUUCGGUUUGUCCCCGGGAACGAGUACUUCAACAGCCGCGUGGAGUUCAUCUCCUGCACGCAGAACUUCAUUCCCUAUCCAAAUUGGUUCGUCAAAGUGACCGCGAUAACGCUGUUCGGCGCGUUGCAGACAUUGAACGUAGUCUCGAUUGUGACAACCGCGCAGGGGAUCGACGGUCUGAUCUUGGAGUUGACGGGCCGGAAUUGCGGCUUCUCCCUGGACUUCGCAUCACUAACGGAUAUUGAUUCGAGUAGAGUGGCGACGGGCUUAAGCAACGGGUUCGGCUUGCACUGCAUCCAAAAGGACACGGACUCCUUGUCCGGAAAAAUUCAGGAGCCGGUCAACACCCCCUUUGUUUCCCCCGCAAUCACGGAAGGGUAUUUGGUUUGCUGUCUGCUCGCCGUGCCCCUGGCCAUCGUGAAUAUGGAGGACAAUGUGCCGGUGCAGGUAGUCACGUUCAUCUUCUGCUUCUGCACCUUCGCGUUGUGGGUCUACGACUUACUUUGUGGCGGAACAGACGGGAGUGGGAUCGGAGAAAAUUCCUCAUCAACAUCAGCUGUGAUGGUCGGUACUAGCGCUGCAGCGGGUACAGCAACGACGUCCACCACCAGUAGCAUGAACGCCGCCAGAGCUGCUGCGGCAACAGCCGCUACAACCGCAUUGAGGGCAACGGCAAGCAGCCUAGCGACAGCAGCUACAGAAAAAUCGCAGCAAUUAGUUGGCACCACACAUGACGCCGUGAAAGCCGCGGGCACAGCAGCGGUGGUGACUGUGAUGUCGAUGCUGAAUGAGACCAGGAAAAUAACCACGCAUCCAGACAUUUUUGAAGCACCUUUAGCCUCAUCUCCCUCAAGAACGGGCAGCGAUAUGAGGCAUGCAGAAGAUGACGACCCCAGAAGUAGAACUCUUCCUGAGCAUCCGCUCUCGUUACUGCAGACGAGAUCAGAAGACUCAGGCGCAGUAAGUGAAAUGAGGUUUACUUCCGAAGCUGCUUCUGGAAUAACAGCAGCAGCUGGGCCAGCGGGAGAGUUGGAGCUAGUGGAACAGGCUACAGGAGGGAAACCGGAGAACAUCGUAUCACCAGUGGGGGAUCUACCUCCCUCUCCAAAGGUAAAGGUGGACAAUGCUUCAAGUAGUAACGCGGGAAAAAAGGAGCAGCAAGCACAAGCAGAGUUGACGCAGGUGGCCGGCGAUUCCUCAGAGAUGACUAGUCGAGCAGCAAAGAAGUCAGAUGAAGACACAAAGACAAGCAAAUCGGCACCUUCAGGUCCUACAACAGAUGCAAGCCCAACAUCUUCCCCAUCGUCAAAAAGCUCGGCCGAGACAGGAAAGCCAAGUAUAGGUACGAAAGACACAACCAAGACAGGCAGCGAUAGCGCCAGCAGCACGUCAAGUGACGCACACGCAACGGUAAGAACGGGAAGUGAUAAUAGAGGUCGGGAACAACAAGAUAGACAUGGUAGUACUAGCACAGAAACGACCCACACCGCGCACGAGAAUAAAGACGAGACGACGCAGAAAGCCUCCUCCACCUCGUCUUCAGCUCCGCCUUCGGCCGAGGAACCACAAAACAAGGGCCGCACGGCUGCACCAUCUUCAAGUAGUGAAGAUAGUAAGCCGAAACCAAAGCCACCGCCGGUCGGGACCAACGACGUGCACGAGGUAGAGACGUACUUCAAAACGGAUCCGUUUGGCGACGGCAAAUACUCGCAGCUAAUGGGCACGGUCUUGUCCAACUUCGCUGUGUGCAUGAUCAUCCCCUCCUGGCUCAACGAGAAAAGCCCCGAAGUGUCUGUCAGCAGGAGUGUGUGGGUAUGAUUUGUGGGAGAUUCUUUACUUUUUUGAUGAAGGAAAGAAACAGAAACAGAAAGCUUGUUCAGGGUUGCAUGCGAUGAGUUACUAGCACGAACAAAAGUAACAGAGGCUUUGCUGUAGCCUUUUUUGCUGCGUCGCUCCUUCGGUGGAGUGUUUCUCUUUCUGUUUCUCUUGCCCAAAUAAAGAAGCAAAUAUUAUUGAAAUCAGUUCUCCAUGUCGCUCUGUACUAUCCUGAGUAAAAACAUCCCCACACCGGAGUCAAGAUGGGGACUUUGCAACACAAACCUAGAACUUUUGGGGGUCACGCAUCAGAAGUUGCAGUCCGUAGUGUAGUGCAGGUUCGCAAGGCCAGCUGCAUCAGAAAUCCAUCUGCUCAUCCUGUUUACAGCAUUACAAAUUCCAAAACACGACUAAAAAUGCCUCUCCUGGCGAUGCGCAUUACAAAUGUUCCUGUCAUUGCAAAUCUGCAUGACAACUCUGGCGUGGGGACGUUUUUACUCCGGAUAUGUACGGUGAUCUACCUCACGGUCGGCAUCCUCGGCGCCGCUUUCUUCGGUCACCUACUUUCGGAGCAAGCGAACUUCCUGACUGUGAUGAUUCACAGAACAAACUCGUUUCUCGUUCGCUUCACCUGCUACACCUUUCCCCUGGUCGCGGCGCUCACCGGGGUGCCGCUCUGCAGCAUCGUGUGUCGCUACAACCUGCUGGAGCAAGAGGUAUAGUAGUAUGUUGCUGCGGACUCACUACAUGGGAUUGUGUUUGUUCUGCUUCUGGCAUCAAGUAACUUGCCUCAUCAACAGGUCGAAGUUGAAUUCACCUCUACUCAAAGCGCAAAAUCAAACCGCACAAUCAGCUUUGCGAGACCGCGUUCGUCGCGAAUAUUUGGGCCAUCGCCCUCCCCUGGACGCUGGCCAUUCCCCUGCAAACCUGGAACCACGGCGAGGGCACGCAGGAUUUUUUGAAUUAUGGGUCUCUCCUGUUCUGCACGUUUGUGAACUUUGUCGUGCCGUUCAUCGUGUUUCUCAAGUACAAUGAGGUCUACUUGACGAACGAGGCAGAGGGGUACUUGGAGAUGCGGUCCAGUCUCCACGAUCGGAGCAGCAAGGCGCACUGGGGGCUGCCGCACAAGUGGAUCUCCCGGGAGCGGAUGCAGCAGGUGGCGCAGUUCUGUCUGGCGUUUACGACCGUCGCGUUUGUCGUCUCGUUUUUCGACGUCAUAACGCAGGGGCUGGGGUAGAAGGGGCGAUUUGUGUUGAUGUGUCCUGAAGAAGAACCCUGCACGCAGAUGGAUCGCGAUCAAAAUUUUACUAAAUACCAAUAUAAAUUCAAGAAAGCUACCUUAGGGGUAGCCGAAACGUAACUGUAAUCCUAAACGUGUUGCAAAAUUUUACUUUUCUACAGAAGAUAACGAGGAAGCCUGUAGUUCAUAUUUUUUGUAAAAUCAGUUAGCUAUGUUGGAUUUUUCUCUUUUGUCGUCACCGUAAGCUUUCGAUGACUCGUCGUACUACCGGCCGACAACGCGUCUGCAUGCGAUGGCAGAAUGCACAGAAAAACGGUGUAGUUAUAGCUUGGUCAAUAAUUAUUUGAAUUGAACUUGAAGCCAAACACAACUGUACGAUAAAGAAGGGCGAUGCUUCUUCAUUUCUGGCCUCCACGGUGCGCAGGUGGGUUGUAGUAACUACAGGCAAAAAACGUCAGUG